AUAGAAGCCUUAACCAGUAGCUACUGUUACACCUAGAGAGAGAAAGAGAGAGACAAAGAAACUAUGAAAUUUGUUGUUGUUGGAUUUUGAUUGAAAAAAGAAAAACAGUAUUUUGAGGAAACAUGUACAUAAGUGGUGGUUCUUCUUCCAUGGGAAGGUCUUUUAAGGAAUCUCUUAAACUGCUUGAAGCUGAUAUUCAUCAUGCCAAUACCUUGGCAUCUGAUUUUCCAAGGGAAUAUGAUGGUGCUUGUCUUCAAAUGAGAAUGUCAUACAGUCCAGCAGCACACUUGUUUCUUUUUCUGGUUCAAUGGACAGAUUGCAAUCUUGCUGGAGCCCUUGGACUAUUAAGAAUCCUAAUUUACAAGGUGUAUGUGGAUGGGACUACUACCAUGUCUACACAUGAAAGAAAAGCAAGUAUUAGGGAAUUCUAUGCGGUCAUAUAUCCGUCUUUGUUACAACUUGAAAAAGGUGUCACUGAUGCUGAGGAUAAAAAACAGAAGGUUGUAUGCAUGGAGCGGUAUCGUAGAAGAGAAGAUGAGGAGCACAAACAAUUCUCAGACAUAGACUUUGAAAGAGAAGAAGAGUGUGGAAUAUGUAUGGAGAUGAAUAGUAAGAUUGUGUUGCCUAACUGCAACCAUGUCAUGUGCCUGAAAUGUUACCAUGAAUGGAGAGCAAGAUCACAGUCAUGCCCCUUUUGUCGUGACAGUCUUAAAAGAGUGAACUCGGGCGAUCUCUGGAUAUUUACCGAUAGUAGGGACAUAGUAGACAUGGAAACGGUAACAAGGGAGAAUCUUAGAAGGCUUUUCAUGUACAUAGAUAAGUUACCUUUGAUCAUACCAGAAUCCCUUUUUGACCCUUAUGACUCUCACUUAAGAUAAGUAACUGCGACACACAGAAAUGUGUUCUUUGAUGGAUGGACACACAAAAAUGUGUUCUUUGAUGGGUGGUUCAGAUGGUUUUAGUUUUAUAAACUUUGAAUGUAAUUUGGUGAAUUUAGUUUAUAGAGUUGUAGUGCUUUGCUUCCACGUCUUCUAGAAGAUUCCAGCCUCGAGUUUGCGAUGAGUUGGUGAUGAAGUUGAAAUGGUAAAUUGUAUGUAGCACAUGCAUUUGUAUAUCCUUGUACAGAUUGAAUUACUUAUUAAGAGGUUUGCAUAUUACUAUGUGCCUCUUAUGAUAUUAAGGUGAAUCUCUUGACAAACAA